AUGCGGUCUUGUGUAAUUUUAUUUUUGGUUUGGACUGUCGUUGGUUUUGUUAACAUAUCAGGUGAGACUUUCCAGGAGUAGAUUCUUGGGAUUUCCUACAAACAUUUUUUAAUCAAUGGACGAGCUAAUUUGACUGUUUGACAAAGAAAAAAGCUUAUUUAUGCGCUCUAACGCUAAAUUUUAAAGGUUUAGGUCUCUGGGAGCUAUUGAAAUAUCGAAAAAUGAAGAGUUGGCACCGAAUUUUGGGUUUUUUGGCGGAAAAUGAAAAAGUUAGCGGACUCAAAAAAGUGUAAGCUCUUGAUUUUUGAAGUUAUGAACAGGAAAUAUCAUCGUUUCUACAUAUUUUAAUUGAUUAAGAUUGCUCCUUUCAUCAAAAGGUACUUCAGGAACUUCGCUCGGCGAGCUCUUCUCAAAACUCGCCGAAAAGCGAAGAACUUCCGAUUUGAAGUCGCUGACCGAUGCUCAGUUGGUGAACAACCCGGCAAAGCUGACCACGGCUGUGGACACCUUCGGCGAAGCUUACAAGUCGGACAACUCGAGCACGUUGUUCACCGACGGGAAUGGCAAGCUCAUCUACCGACAGCUUCGGCGGCUCAAAUUGAACAUCCUCGACAGAAUCAUGCAUCCGGGAGGUUUCUCUAGUUAUCAAUGA